UUUAGUGUGUAAACAUCUGSUAUCAUUACAUUUGAGUCGAAAAACACUCUUUGUCUACAAAAAAUCGUUGAAAUAUUUCAACACUUGGCAAAAAAAAUAACUUUCAGAAGAUUUUCAGCGGUUUUUAGGAAAACUCUGGUUUUUCGGACACUAAAGAAGGGCAUGGAGAGCAAGAAGCAAGUGAUUGUGGUAUCUCUACCUGGUGAGAGUGAUCAACAGUACUAUGGUUUCCAUAAGCAUCUCGCAAAUAUCUACAUCCAAAUGGACAAUCUUACCGARGGAAGAGAUCACUUGUUUAUUCUCCAUGACAAGUCUGGAAGAUGGUAUUUAAACCGCCAUGAUUUCAAGAAUGCCCACCUCAUUGAAGUGAAUCCAUCGUUGGACAUGUGGAUGAGGGAUUUCCCACCAACUGUUCCAGAACGUCAGGUCAAAUUCAGAUACAAACCAGGGUAUAUCAAAUCAUCGCAAGCAAAGAAAGAUCAGGCUGCGUUUGAUGUCUUUGCUGAACAAGUUGGUUUGCCUCCCUUGGAUCACUGCAACAUUAUUMUUGAAGGGGGAAAUAUAGUGGACAAUGGCAAGGACAUUGCACUUGUUUCUGAUAGAGUAUUCAAAGAAAACAAGGGCAUGAGCAGAGAUGCUCUCACAGAGAAAUUAGAAUCGGCUAUMAAGAGGAAAGUAGUUUAUAUACCAGACUCUGGUGAAACCACAGGUCAUGCAGACGGAGUCGUUUCGUUUGUAGAAGAAGACGUUCUUCUYGUUGCUUACUAUGAAGAYGACAAGGARUACUUCGAAAUGAUAGAAAAUGAGGUCAGRAAAGCUUUUGGAGAUCAGAUCAAAGUUGUACCAUUACCAUGCUAUCUGGAAAAGAAGACMUCCCAUGGUUUUGGAUCUUCUGAAGGCUCUUAUGCCAACACUGCRGUUACAAAUAAUGCUGUUUAUGUUCCUAUGUUCUCACGUCAAAGCAGCAACAGAAAAGCUUUGGAAGCUUUCCAGAGAUUUACCAAGAAAGACGUGGUUCCUGUUCCUGGGCUUGAUAAAGUUGCUAAACUUGGUGGUAGUAUUMGGUGUAUGUCCUGGCAAAUUGACCAAGACCAUCCAAUAGCAAAGAAGCUGUUCCAGUAUGUUGAGGGCAAUGCAUCUGGUGAUUUUGAAGAUGAUCAUGAUGACGGAGAUGAUGAACACUAGAAGUUCCUCUUGACAAAAGUAUAUUCACUUCGACUUAUAUGAUAGUAAUAUAUAUAUAUCCAUCCAUUGAUUGCUAGGGGAUUACAUUGCAGGUUCGCAUAUACAUGUAUUUCAUCUUAGAGUUUUGCUGAAGAAGGCCGAAGUGCCGAAACGUUCAUUAAAAAGUAGAAAACCUAGUUACAAGUUGCGUGGCUUUUUCUUCAUUUAUUCUAUUUAUGUAUUUCAUCUUAUAUGUAGUUUUUGACGUAGUUCGUUCCCGGCAUACUGACUAGUGAGGUCCAAGUAAAGAUAUCAUAUAAAUAAAAUUAUACCAA